AUGGAUGACUGGGUUUCAAACUUCUGGAGCAAUAUCUCAGCUAGUGGCCCCACAACCUCUGGAAAUCCUUUCGAUCCAUUAUCUGACCUCUUCGACGCUGCACCUGGCGCAUCCGUGCCUGAUGCCCCUACGACCACUACU